AUGCUCAAGCGCUCGGCGCUUCGGGCGGACGAGGACGCGCCCUGCGCUAUCAAAGUGGUAGUCCGUGCGCGUCCACUGAACGAGAGAGAGCUACAAGCCAAGACUUCGGUCGUAGUGAGUGUCAGUCGCACCGGAAUCCAAGUGGUCAACCCCAUCGUCUUCUCCGACCCGUCACUCGUCGAAGCGGCAGGUUCGGGUGGCUCUUCGUUGGCGCUCAGUCCAGCGCUCAUCGCGGCCGCGGACACAGCGGGGGAAUGCCGCACCUUCCACUUCGAUCGAUGUUUUGGGUCGAGUGACCAAAUUGAUGUGGACGAAGGGACGCAGAAACCAAAUCAGUCACUUAUUUUUGACGAAAUAGGUCAAUCUGUGAUCGAGUCGGCCUUUCAGGGCUUCAACUGCACCAUGUUUGCCUACGGUCAAACAGGCAGUGGCAAGACCCACACUAUGGUCGGAGAUAAGACAGAUAGGGGCAAAGGGGUGAUCCCCCGAGUGUGUGAAGCUUUAUUUCGGGAAAUUGACAAUCGGAGGGAAAAAGAGACCGAAAAUCUCGAACAAGAGGGGGUCAAGAGGACCAUUUACACGGCUCAUGUGAGUUAUUGUGAAAUUUACAAGGAAAAAGUCAACGAUUUACUGGAUACCGAGGGCAACGCGGCGGUGGAGAAGCAGAGACCAUCAUUCACGACUCAGACGCAGAAUGAUGGUGAAGUAAACGCUAACAGAAGAACUCUAAAAGUUAGAGAACAUCCCGUAACGGGGCCGUUUGUGGAAGGACUCAGUAUCCGCUCCGUUACGUCGUAUGCGGACAUUGCGGAAGAGAUGCUGGCUGGAGAGAAACUUCGAACGGUGGCGUCCACUUUGAUGAAUCCCGUGUCGUCUCGAUCGCAUGCGGUCUUCACGAUCACCAUCACGCAGACGACGUUCGACCCGAUUUCCCAGUGUGCGAACGAAAAGACGUCGAAGAUAAGUAUGAUUGAUCUGGCUGGAUCCGAGCGUGCGAAUGUGUCGGGGACUAGUGGGGACCGACUAAAAGAAGGAGCCAUGAUCAAUAAGAGUCUCACGACGCUUGGACGCGUCAUCUCUGCGCUCAGCAAGAUUCCGUACCGUGAUAGCACACUCACGUGGCUAUUAAAGGAGAGCUUGGGAGGCAACGCAAAGACAACAAUGUUUGCAAUGAUCAGUCCAUCCUCAGACAACUAUGACGAGACAAUGAGUACACUGCGGUAUGCCGAGUCAGCGAAGAAAGUGAUGAAUCGCGCCGUGGUGAACGAAGACAAGAACGCGCGGAUUAUCCGCCAACUUCGUCAAGAAAUCGAGGAAUUGCGAGCUCAACUGGCAAGUAAAGAAGGCAGCUCCGGCAACGAACAAGUGAACGCCAGCAUCUCUGCGAGUUUAUUCGAACGCGAAUCCUUCUACGCCGAACUGCAGAAAGAAGUCGAAUUCUUCCGCUCCCAGCAAAAGCAACUGGUCGAGAUCACACCAGCAUCGCCCGCGAUUCAUUUAAGUGACAGUCUCCCGAGUUUAGUGAACUUGAGUGCCAGUUUGGUCCCUGGGGAAGCUCUAGCGUACGUUUUAGUAGAGGGGUCGACGUUAUUCGGAUCCGACCCAAACCCAGACAUGACCAAGUACGAGACCGUCGAAGUGGCUCCCGACGAAGAGAAAAGCACAGAAAAAUCGCUUAAGAAGAAGCGACGUGGCUCGUGGACGUCGACCAUGUUGAGACGACGCAAGAGCUCUUCAAAGAGUGCUCCGUCUACACCAAGUGGCAAAGCUGCGCGCAACCUGGAUGCUUCUGAGGUUGCCUUGGCUCUAUCGACUGACAAGCGCUCGGUCAUACAAAUAUGUAAACUUCCUGGCGGCGAUGUGAGCCGAAUUCUGCCCCGUCAUGCUCGGUUUACGUGUACGCGAGUGCCCAGAGAAGAGGAUUCGCCGGAAUACAUUGUGGAGCUCGAGUCGUUGGACCCCACAGCGAUACUAUUGGUGAAUGGAGAGCCCUUAGAGUACGGCAGUGGACACCCCAAGCAGCUGCAUCAUGGCGAUCAAGUUCGUCUCGGGAAACCCUAUUGUUUCCGUAUUCACGUCCCUGGGAAUGCUACAUCGACUCCAAGAAUCGCCGAGGCGGUGGAGCAAGCGCCUGAGUUGGAGAUCGACAAAGACGAAGCGCAAGAACUUGAAGUGUUAGUGGAAGAAGCCAAUGCCAUUUGCACGAAAUGGCUGCUAAACACGGAGUUCGCCGUGGGAAAAGGGGGAAACGCGAGCACUGUCAUUGUCAAGAAGAAAUUAGAGGCACAGUGCUGCAGUACGGUGCACUGGGACCGCACCAUGUUGGAGCUUAAACUCCAAUUCUUACGUGAGUUUGCAGCUUCGUUAGAGAACGUGGUCUCGCUUACAAUCGACGAGCCUCCUAAGAUCGAGGAGCUAGCGGAUUUACAGAUCCCCGAGCUGUCCCCUAAAGUGGCUGCUUCUCGACGGCCAAGUGGCUUAUCGGAGCUCGAGAGCAAGCCUUUGAAUAACGACGAAAAGCUCGGGAAAGCGCACAAGACUGAGCACAAGCCACAGUCACAAUCGACACCUUCACUGCGUCUUCUUGGCUAUGGCCGACUGCAUCUCGCAGCUCAAUCUCCAGGCUCGGCAGUGUCGCUGUCUGUCGCUAUCUAUGACUUCACGGCAGCGUUUAUUGGCAAGUUAGAAACGCGGUUGGAAGGGAUCUCUGAGGCCGGAAAGAAGAGAGGAAUUCUCUCCCCUAAAGAGCCCACAACUUCGAUUCACCGUAUCCGAGUGCACCUCGACAAGAUGAAAUUUGACGCUGGGAGUUUUGUCUCUGCGUCGAGUAUUUCUAUCACGUUAAAGGAGACGGCGUCAAAGACUCUAGCCAAGACUCCAGAGAGUAAAGAAUUGUCGGAAGAAGGAGCGACAGCCAAGAUCUUUUCGACGCCAAGAGUGCCACCGAUGCAGACGUCGAAUAACGACAAACAGCCAGUGGAGAGAGACCAGAAGACUUUUGUACUGCAAGAAACCUUCGAAACAGCCAUCACUACGAAGAAGAAACAGUUGUUUAACCAACGCGCAGUAGAAGAGGAGUCUUUACUCGUAGAAGUAUGGGGAUACGACGUCAAGACGCGCUACUUGGCGCCUCCUACAGACGACGUGGAGGAUGCGACGAUGGAGACGCAACAGGUGGAAUUCUACGUGUCUGUCGAUGUGGAGGAGCGAGAAGUGGACGGAUUGUAUCAUCCCGUGGCGGUGAAACCCGAUGGCGCCUUACGUCUCCACGCGAACCGGUCUCGACGUCUUUUAGUCCGCGUCACGCAGUCGGAUCAACAGCCAUUCGCUUUAUCCGAGAUCAUUCACGUUCGCAUCGCUGCUCCGGAUGCUCCUUCGGUCAAUCGAACUGCGUCCAUGUCGAGAGUGAUGGGCAAGACGACGCAACGGAUGUUGCCAUCGUCGCGUAUGCUGUACGAACACCGCGAUCAGACUGUUUCUGGCGAGUCGCAGGGUCUGGAAUUGGGCUCAGCGCGGUGGCAAGUGCUGGAGUUCCGCGGAGAUUGCGGCGUUGACAACGCCAGUCGGUCGCUAAGCGCCGUUCUGCGUUGGGAUCACGAUCCAGAUAGCGACUUGGAGCCCAUAAACACCGCUGGCUCACGCUCAACGUACCGUCUAGCUAUCGCCUUUGCAAGUCGAUGGUCGAAAGUCCCCAUCGUCAUCUCGAAAAGUCUAGUCGCGAAGGUCUGUGGCAGCAAUGUGUCGGCUGCUCAGAGGUUUACACGAGGCCUGGUGGCGUCUCGUACAGUGUGGUGGGCGAAGGAGAGUUACAGUCGCAGUUAUCGUCUUGGAACCUGGUACGCCGCCGACAUUAUGGUCGAUGAUUUGCCGUUAGAGGACAACCCCGUGAGUGAUGACGCCGCGUCAAUGAACGACACUGUGAUCGCUCAUCACAUCAACGGACUACAUCGACUGGAGAUGGCAAUGCAACUGGAACGUGUACGUCAAAAAGUGUGGAUUCUGAUGAACCUACGCACCUCGGAAGAUGGCGAGACAGCGCUCAGUGAGUCUCUGACUGCAGUCAAAGUGAAUCUGUGCUUGGAUGAGCUCUUUAAACGGCUGCACGACGACGUCCAAGUGUUCGAAUGCGUGCAGUUCGAUGCCCCAGAACUUUAUCUUCGUCAUUUAAGAAAAAAUGACUUGCUGAUGAAUCUUUUAACUGGAAAAUUGGUAAAUCUGGGCAAAGUGACGGGUGUCGAGAGCGCAGCAGACAAGUCGGAACACUCGGCUUUGAAGCAUAGAGAGCACGUGAUUCACUUCGUGUCGGAGCCGACGCAACUAGUAGGCGGCGACCAACUGGGAGGCGAGAUGAGUGGCUUCUUGAUGCUGUCUCUGUCGUCUGCGCUUGACGGGGAGACUGCUGCUGCGGUUGCGCCGUUAGGAGGCAACGUAAUGAGACCGAAGACGCCUCCUAAAGCUGGCCAACAUGUCGCCUGGGAACGCCAGUGGUUCGUACUGAAGCGGCCGUUCUUGUACUCGUACGUGAGCUUCGCACGGAAGCAGCAAACCGGAGUCAUGGAUCUGUCGAUGUGUCAGUUGAUUGUGGCCACUGCUCUCGAUGUGCCUUUCUCGUUCCGUCUUGUGUGCGUUGACGGGAGGAAGCAGUCGGCCGUGUGGUGGCUACAGGCUUCGACGGCGGCGGAGAUGCGAGCGUGGCUGGUAGCGAUUGAUCCUCUCAAGAUCGAGGCGAGAAAGAGCGUGGCCUCUACACUUUCUGAGGCGGAAACACCUGCUCUUACUGCGUAG